GUUGCCCAUCUUUCUGCUAGGGUCUGUUGAAGAACUCAAGGUCUCUUCCUCAAGCUCCAACUUCGAUUUCUUUCCGAUCUUCUCCUGCAUAUCUCAGCCGCACAAAGCCCUUGUCAAUUCGAUCUGCUUCAAUCGAAGGUUCAAUCUUCUUAUUUGAGAAUAUAACAAGAUGAAUUUUGUGUCAUCACUUUGUAGAAGAUUGAAUCUCAAUGAGCUAGUUACAAAUGUUCCUAUCUACAGCACUGCUAGUGAUGUUACUGGAGGAGGAUUGAGUUUGACAUUCAGGCGCUGGGCUACUAAAAAGACAGCAGGAUCCACAAAGAAUGGGCGAGACUCGAAACCAAAGAAUCUUGGGGUGAAGAAGUUUGGUGGAGAGAGAGUGAUUCCUGGGAAUAUCAUUGUUCGCCAAAGAGGAACCUGCUUCCAUCCAGGAAACUAUGUCGGAGUGGGGAAGGAUCACACCCUCUAUGCUAUGAAGGAAGGUUGUGUCAAGUUUGAACGACAUAAGUUGAGUGGACGAAAGUGGGUGCAUGUUGAGCCCAAGGAAGGCCAUCUGCUCCACCCUGUCUACUCAAGUGGUGACGCAGUUCCUAAGCUGAAGACCACUGCCUAGGUUUCUACUUUUUUGUGUUCAUGGAAUGUUAAAUAUUUGAUGCUCUACUUUAGUGGCCUGAGCUUGUACAACUCAUUUCCUAAGCUGAAGACCACUGCUUAGGUUUCUACUUUUUUGUGUUCAUGGAAUGUUAAAUAUUUGAUGCUCUACUUUAGUGGCCUGUGCUUGUACAGCUCAUGCUGCAGCUGAAUUUUUGUAGGCAAAUUGUGGUACUCAUCUAUUGGACUAAAAAAAUGGUUACGUUGGCAUGUCAUUGCCACGUGCCGAGAUUUGGAGAAUAA